GAUGAAGAUGAGGAGAAGGAGAAGGAGAAGGAUGAGAAGAAGGAAGGAGAAGGAUGAGAAGAAGAAGGAGAACUGUCAGAAAUAGUCUAUUUCUGACAGUUCUGGGACAUUCACUCCAUACAGCUGUUUCAACCGCUGUAUGGAGGGAAUGUCAUGGAACUGUCAGAAAUAGACUAUUAAUGACAGUUCUGGGACUGUCCUUCCAUACAGCGGUUUGAAACAUUGUAUGUAUUUUUUUCCAUAAAUGGAUCCAUUUAUGGAAAACAAAUACAUACAAUGUUUCAACCGCUGUAUGGAAGGACAGUCCCAGAACUGUCAUUAAAAGUCUAUUUCUGACAGUUCCAU